AUGAGCGAUAAAUAUUUGGAUGAUAUGGUGUUAGACGAUACUAAUAUAGGAGGGUCAGAAUUCAGUAGUACAGAGAGUUUAAGCAGCAAUGAAGCUUCACCACAGCCUUCUACAUCACAAACUAGCAAGAACAAUUUGGCGUUUAAAAAAAUUAUAGAGGAACUUGAUGUCCAAGCCAACGUACUAAGUAUAGAUUGCUUAAAGGAACUUCUUAUAAAUAGUAAAGAUAAAAUUUUAAAAAAUGUUCGUGAAUAUGCAAUUAACAAUACUGAAAUUAAUAAUAGCGAUCCAUAUAUUGGACUUAUGCUACACUGGAUAAAUGAUAAUUUUCAAAUAAAGGAAAUAAUUGGUAACAUUUCAUACCUUUCAUAUCCUCAUACUGCCGACUGUCUUCUAAAUAAAAUAGUUGAAAUUUUAGAUAGUCUUAACCUUAAAAAUAUAACUGUUUGUGAAGAUUGGAAUAAACUUCUUACUGUAAUUCGUAACAUUUCUACAAGAUGGAAUUCGACGUUCUAUCUAUUAAAGUGGUUAACUAUUCUUAAACCUGUCAUGUAUAAGUAUAAGUUACUUUUAGUUGAAGCUAAUAACAAUAAUUUGUUAAAAAAUUAUGAAGAAAAAGAAUUAUUAUCUAAUGAUUGGGAUAAAGUAACCGAAUUAGUGAAAUUGUUGCAUCCUUAUGAAAUUGUUUCUAAAAAAUUAUCUGGUUCGCAAUAUUCAACACUUUCACAAGCGUGGUUUGCAAUUAAUUUUAUUAAGGUGAAGCUUAAUUACAUGCCAAUAUUUACUGAAGAUGAAAGAAGUUGUACUAUUUUAGAAGCAUGUGUUGAAUUUGAAUUAAUUUCUAACUCUCAUAAAUUAGACACUUUAUCAGAUACAAAAAAUCAAAUAGAUUUAACACUAUCUUGUGACAAAAUAAAUGAUGAGGAUAUUUUUGCUCUCCCAACAGACACCAGUUCUCAAGAACAAUCAAGCUAUCAGGAUA